AUGGCGACUUCGUCAAAUAAGAUGAGAAUGUCUGAAUCAAUGGAAAAUGAUAAUGUUAUCAUAUCCCAGCGUGAGGAGAGCGACCAAACUUUAAUUAUGGCAGAAAAGAAUCGUACAGGAAUAUCUGGGAAAAUAGAUGAUAUAUCUGCGUUAGGAAAUAAACAAUCCAAGCGUGUUGUUAAUGAACAAAAAGAAAUUGAAGUGGAACUUCAAGGAGAAAACAUUGAAAACGAAAAAUGUCAUGAUGGUAGUGAUGUAAAGCAAGAGGCAAGUGGAAGUGCAAACGUCUGUGAAGAAGGAAAACAUAAAUUUUGGGACGAAAUAAGAAAACAAGUUGAAUGUGGUGAAAACAAAGAAGAUCACUGGCAGAGGACAAUUCUUUGGCGUGCUUUUCAGUUUAGUCCAGUAGAUCAAAAAAUUGCUAAAUAUUUGGUUGACCAUGGAGCAGACAUUAAUUCCCAAAAUGAAGAAGGUGAAACAGUACUGGGGAUUGCGACAAGAAAUGGUUUACUCGAUCUUGUUAAGUAUUUUGUUCAAUAUGGCCCGAAACGAACAUUUCCAGAUGAUUACAGAUCUCUUCAGAGUGCAAUACAGUCUCAAUCAUUCGAAAUUGUUGAAUAUUUCGUUAAAAGUGGCGCUAAUGUAAACGGAAAUGAUAGUGAUGGGGAAACAGUGCUGCACUAUGCUGUUAGCAAAGUCUUGCACUAUGCUGUUAGCAAAGGUACACUAGAAAUGGUAAAAUACCUUGUUGAAAAUGGCGCUGAUGUGAAUGGAAAGGAUACCAAAGGGUGGACAGUGUUGCACUACGCUGUUACUGAAUGUACGAUGGAUAUAGUAAACUACCUGGUUGAAAAUGGCGCUGAUGUAAUUGGUAAGACGACGAACGGGUGGACGGUGCUGCACGAUGCUGUUACCAAAGGUACACUAGAAAUGGCAGAAUAUCUUGUUGAAAAUGGCGCUGAUGUAAAUGGAAAUGAUACUGACGGGUGGACAGUGCUGCACAAUGCUGUUACCGAAGGUAAGCUAGAAAUCGUAAAAUAUCUUGUUGAAAAUGGCGCUGAUGUAAAUGGCAAGUAUACUGAUAGAUGGACAGUUUUGCACUAUGCUGUUAGCGAAGGUACACUAGAAAUGGUAAAAUAUCUUGUUGAAAAUGGGGUUAAUGGAAAUGGAAAUGAUACUGACGAGUGGACAGUGCUGCACAAUGCCGUUACCGAAGGGCGCUGA